AGACGUGCCAUUUUCUUUACAGAUUCCAAUGGCAAAAGACACGCAUGCAAGGCAAUAGAUGGUGAAAGUGUUCUCGAUGUUGCUAAAUCAUACAAUCUGGAAGUUGAAGGUGCUUGCCAAGGAGAUUGUGCAUGUUCGACCUGCCAUGUAAUAGUGACUUCUAAGCUCCAUUAUGACGCUUUGGACUCGCCAACUGAGCGUGAGGAAGAUAUGCUGGAUCUUGCUUUUGGUCUUACAGUUACAAGUCGCUUGGGGUGUCAGAUUCAUAUGGCACCGGCUCUUGAUGGCAUUGAGCUAAAACUGCCUGGCAUUAUACAGGAAAAGUCGGUUUCUUUGUAG